AUUUGGAUGAUGAUUUGGCUGAUGGGAUGAUGAUUGGGAUGAUGAUGAUGAUGUGGAUGAUGCGACAGGUACAAACUCAGCCUGCGGCAAUGUCCCCUUGGGAAGAGCAGAGCAGACCGGGUCGCUUUCCACGCAACUGGUGAGAGAACUGGGUGAAGAUGCACGACACGACUUAAGGUGUCGGUGCCGGCCACAAUAUAGUGUGAAGAAGCUUAGAAUACGCUGUUCGCAGAGCGAGGCAGAUGCUGCGCGUGAGUACCAGAAUGCUCAACGAGCAGUCUGAAUGGCGACCGCGGACCACCCUCACUCACUGCGGUAGCAGUACUGUAGUGAAGCUGAGCGCCGUCGCAAUCUGCCCAAGAAGCGGACACGCUCUGCCGCUAGACAUGCAAACCACGAGAAAACGCCGUUUAAUGCCUCGUCAGUUUCUCAUCACGUACUCAUGAAGGGGGCAGGGACAGCAGUCUAG